UCUAACUACAUCAUCACAAAACUGAACUGAACAAGAAAGCCUCUUUCUGUCACAGCUUACAACAAGGAGACCACAAAGCUAAGUUUUUUAAGGCAAGAAAAUCUUGGAGAAAGUCCCCUGUUGAUGAAUGUGUAAAGCAACUGAUCAACUGUCCUUUUCUUGCGAGAAACCAAGCCUUCUCUUUGAUGAACUAUUAAAAAGAAGGUGUUAGUUACUGGAUGCUUAUGUUGUAUGUCCUUGCAAAAUCACAAAGAUAAUUUUAUUAAGCAGGUUGAACAAGAUGGGUUUUACAGUUUCCCCGCAGAACUCUAUAGUUGAGGUUCAUUGUUUGCAAGGCUUACAAAGGUGCUCUAAUCAAGCUGGGUCAAGUUUCGGUGUUGUUAGUUGCUCAGCAUUGAAGGGGUCAACUUUUUAUCUAAAUUGUUCAAUAAAUUGCAGUUACAGAAAUCAGUUGUAUUGGCAUGGGAAAGAAUUUCUCAAGUCUGGAAGAACUUUGUUUUCUUUACAGUGUAGAGGAGUGCAAAGUGUCAGCAUUGAUAGAGUUGAUGAAAAUGAUCAAGAUGACUGGAGCGUAGGAAGUCAUGUAUCAGGUUCUGGGAGGGAUUUUAGAGUGGAAAUGACCACAAGGAAUCAUGGAUCUUCAAUUUUGUUUGCUGAUGGACCCCUUGUUGAAAAUGAUGAGGAAACCAACAAUGAAAUUCUUCAGAAUUUGUGCAAAAAGGGGAGCUUGAUGGAAGCAACAAAGCUGAUAGAUAUUAUGUCACGUGUAAACCAAAUUCCCAACUCCACUUGUUCCACAAACUUAAUAAGGGGCCUUAUCAGAAUUGGUCGGAUAGAAAGAGCUUCAAGGGUUCUUAAAACUAUGGUCAUGUCUGGUUUGGUUCCGGAUGUUAUUACAUACAACAUGAUGGUAGGAGGUUUCUGUAAGAGAAGACAAUUAAGAUCUGCCAUUGAUCUGCUGGAAGACAUGAGCUUGAGUGGUUGUCCCCCAGAUGUGAUCACUUACAAUACAAUAAUCCGCAGCCUGUUUGAUAAUGGAAAAUUUGAUCAGGCUGUGGAAUUCUGGAGGGGGCAAUUAAGGAGGGGUUGUCUUCCUUAUCUAAUACCCUACACGAUACUCAUCGAGCUAGUCUGGAAGCAUUGUGGAACUGUGCGUGCCUUGGAAGUAUUGGAAGAUAUGGCUAUCGAGGGCUGUUAUCCAGAUCUCGUUACCUACAAUUCAUUGGUUAAUUUUGCUUGUAAAGAGGGAAAGUACGAGGAUGCAGCUUUGAUUACAUACAACAUUCUGUCUCAUGGGAUGGAGCCCAAUGCCAUAACUUAUAACACACUUCUCCAUUCUCUUUGUAGCUGUGGAUUAUGGGAUGAAGUAGAUGAGAUCCUUGCAAUCAUGAAAAAAACUUCCCAUCCUCCAACCGUGGUUACAUACAACAUUCUGAUUAAUGGGUUGUGCAAAUGUGGACUUGUGGAGCGGGCAAUUAACUUUUUCGUUCAAAUGGUUUCUGAAAAUUGUUCUCCUGACAUUAUAACUUACAAUACUCUCCUUACCGCUCUAUGCAAAGAGGGAAUGGUGGAUGAGGCCCUUCAAGUAUUUGUCCUCUUGAGUGAUAGCAACUGUUCUCCUGGGUUAAUAACUUACAACACUGUGAUUGAUGGAUUGACUAGAAGGGGCUAUAUGGAUGAAGCAUUGAAAUUAUACAAUCAAAUGAUAGAAAAAGGGAUAGCUCCUGAUGGUAUCACCCAUCGUUCUUUGGUUUGGGGGUUUUGCUGGAUAGAUCAAGUUGAGGAUGCUGUGGAGAUAUUGAGGGAGAUGGGAAAGAGAGACCACAGGAUCAAUAGUAGUGCUUACGGAUUGGUAAUCAAUGGAUUAUGUAGAAAUAAGAGGGUAGAUAUUGCAAUACAAGUUCUGGAAAUGAUGAUCUCGGGUCGAUACAAGCCAGAUGAAGAGAUUUAUUCUACUUUAAUUAAAAGUGUUGCUGAUGCUGGUAUGGUUGAAGAGGCGGAUGAAUUGCAUCAGAAGUUGAUAGAAAGAAAGGUUCUUAGAACCAUAUUGGACAAACCAUGAUUGCAUGGAAGAUUUAAAACUCAUGCUAGUAUACAGAGGAUACAUGAUGGAAGCUCGGUGCUGUAAUGUCAUAUUGAGUUGGUUUUUCGAUCAGUUUUCUCAUGGCACAGACUCUUUCAGGAGUGAUGAUGUAUGAUCACUUGGAAACAUUGGUGGCUGAAAUGGGAUAAGGUUUUAUGUCGCAUAGGUUUCCCUUGUAAGGCAAGGAGUAGAUUUAUCAAAUUAGGUGGCUUUGUUGUACUUUAUUCUGAAGUCAACUUAUGCUGCGUUUUUUUUGUGGAUUUAGAUGUGUUGAAACUUGUUUGUGUAAUUCAAACUGAACCUUUCUUUACUAGCUAGUUUAUAUUUCCUCCUGCA